AUGUCCUACUACCAAUCCCACCACGCCGAAUCCACACACGAUGCCCAACUCUUCAUCGACAACCAGUUGCGUCCAUCCUCCACUCAAUCAUGGAUCGAUGUGCACGACCCCGCUACCAACCGUUUGAUCUCGCGCACCCCCGAAGCCACUCCAUCGGAGCUGCACGCCGCCAUCGCCUCCGCUAAAGCGGCCUUCCCAGCAUGGAGAGACACCAGCACCAUGAAGCGUCAACAGCUGAUCUUCAAGCUCACUCAUCUCAUCCGCGAAAACACCUCCGUCCUCGCCACCGCCAUCGUCAACGAACAGGGCAAGACCAUGUCCGACGCCGUCGGCGACGUCCACCGCGGCCUCCAGGUCUGCGAAACCGCCUGUGGCAUUACCACUCAGAUCCCCGGCGAGGUCCUCGAAGUCGCCAAGGAUAUGGAAACCCGCUCCUACCGUCUUCCUCUGGGCGUCGUCGCCGCCAUCUGUCCGUUUAAUUUCCCCGCCAUGAUCCCCCUCUGGAGUCUCCCCAUCGCCCUGGUCACCGGUAACUGUCUCAUCUUGAAACCCACUGAGCGCGCCCCCGCCGCCGCCAUGAUCAUCGCCGAGCUGUGCGCCAAGGCUGGCUUCCCCGCCGGCGUCGUCACCGUCGUGCAUGGUUCCAAACCCGUCGUGGACUUUCUUCUCGACGAGCCAGAGAUCAAGGCCAUCUCGUUCGUCGGAUCUAACAAAGUUGGAGAAUAUAUCUACAAUCGCGGCGUAGCUAAUGGUAAACGCGUCCAGGCUAACCUGGGUGCUAAGAAUCAUGCCGCGCUCCUCCCCGACUGUAAUAAACAGCAUGCCAUUAAUGCCAUCACUGGUGCUGCGUUCGGAGCCGCCGGUCAGCGCUGUAUGGCGCUCAGCGUUCUGGUAGCGGUGGGUGCGGCCCACGAAUGGAUUCCCGAUUUGGUGAGCAAGGCCAAAGAGUAUCGCGCUGGAAGCGGGUUCGACGAACGGUCCGAUCUAGGCCCGUUAAUCUCGCGUCAGAGUCGAAGUCGCUGCGAGGCGUUGAUCGCUAGUGCGGAAUCCGAAGGUGCAACGAUUGCUCUUGAUGGGAGGGGAUAUAAACCCGAGGGCUUCCCGGAUGGAAACUGGGUCGGUCCGACGGUCAUCACCGGCGUCAAACCACACAUGCAAUGCUACAAGGAGGAGAUCUUCGGACCGGUUCUCCUCUGCGUUGAGACCGACACGCUAGACGAGGCAAUCGGACUAAUCAACGCCAACGAAUGGGGCAAUGGCGCCGUGGUCUUCACGCAAUCGGGAUCCAGCGCCACGCACUUCCAGAAGAAGAUCGAGGCCGGUCAACUCGGGAUCAAUGUACCUAUUCCGGUGCCUCUGCCUAUGUUCUCGUUCACGGGGAAUAAGCGCAGCGUGGCGGGGACCGGACUGGCCAAUUUCUACGGAAGGGAUGGAUUGCGGUUCUAUACGCAGUGGAAGACGGUGACUUCUUUAUGGAGAGAGGAAGAUGCGACAGCGGGGCAGAAGCCGAGUUUUAUGCCUGUUUAG